AUUGAGGUGCUUAUGAUGGAGAUGCAGAAUCCAGAUAUGGGCAUCAAAACGCAGACGCAGAGGGUGAUGAUCACAAACAUCCCACACGCUGUGGCAGGUAGUGAUAUAUUGCAGUGGAUUCUCCAACGCUUGCAGAUCACUGAGGAAGAGGCACUCCACCUGGGGGACCUGUUUGUCAAAUAUGGAUAUAUCUACCCUCUUCAGGAGCCAAAGAAUCUCACCCUUAAGACAGACGGCAGUCUGUACAGGUUUCAAACCCCCUAUUUCUGGCCUGCGCAGAGCUGGCCUGCUGAUGACACAGACUAUGCAAUUUACCUAGCAAAGAAGAACAUUAAGAGGAAAGGGAUUUUAGAAGAAUAUGAAAAGGAACAUUACAACAUGCUCAAUCAAAAAAUAAACUACAAGUGGGAUUUUGUUAUUAUGCAGGCCAAAGAGCAGUAUAAGGCAGGGAAGGAGCGGAAGAAGGCGGACAGGUAUGCCCUGGACUGCCAGGAGAGAGCGUACUGGCUUGUGAACCGAACUCCUCCUGGCAUGCUAGACGUCCUAGACUAUGGCUUAGACCGCGUAACGGAUCCCAAUGAAAAUAAGGUAAACCAGAAAAAAACUAUGGACGUUUAUAGGAGAGAGAUCAUGUACUAUCAGCAGGCUGUCAUGAAGUCCAGAGUGAAAUCUUCUGUCUCUCUCGGAGGGCUUGUGAAGUACUCUGAGCAGUUCCUCUCCAAUGAUCCUAUCCUGACUGGAUGUCUCCCCAGCAACCCCUGGAUAACAGAUGACCCUGAGUUCUGGGAUCUCAAUGCAAAACUAGUGGAAGUCCCCACCAGAAUGCGUGUGGAGCGAUGGGCCUUCAAUUUCAGUGAGCUGAUACGAGACCCGAAAGGUCGGCAGAACUUCCAGCUCUUCCUGAAGAAGGAGUUCAGUGGAGAGAACCUGAGUUUCUGGGAAGCCUGUGAGGAUCUCAAGUACGGAGACCAAUCCAAGGUCAAAGAAAAAGCAGAAGAAAUUUACAAGCUCUUCCUGGCUCCAGGAGCAAGGCGCUGGAUUAACAUUGAUGGCACAACAAUGGGCAUCACGGUCAAAGGCCUCAAGCACCCUCAUCGUUAUGUUUUAGAUGCUGCUCAGACCCACAUUUACAUGCUGAUGAAAAAGGACUCCUAUGGCCGCUAUUUAAAGUCUCCAGUAUACAAGGAAAUGCUGGCCAAGGCUGUUGUGCCACAAGAGACUGUCAGAAAAAGCUCCACUUUCCCAUUCGGACGCCGUCACCUCCGCUCCAGCCCCAGCCCCGUCAUCCUGAGGCAGCAGGAGGAAGAGGCCAAAGCCAAAGAAGCCGCCACGACCGUGGACAUCACACAGGUCAUGAGCAAGCUGGAUCGCAGGAGCCAGCUCAAGAAGGAACCUCCCAAGUAGGCUCUGAGCCCCGCAGGGCACAGCACAGGGAAAAGACAAGCCGAGGCUGGUGUUGAGCUUCAUCUCCCCUUCCUGAAGGUGUCAGUGCUGCUUUAAGUUUCCCAGGCCGGCUCUGCCAGCAGCCGGCUUCUUGCGUGUUGCCAUGGCUUCUGGAGCAGCAGAUGCCACUUCCCAGGCAUGUCAGGCAUGGGAGUGCUGCCGGAGCCAGGCUGCUGGCUGUGCCGGACUCAGGGUGCAGGGCCCCGGCUCCCUCCCCGCACACCUCGGAGUGGGGGAUGCCUUCUGGCUGCCCCAAGCUCCCCCCCAGAGGUUAGGCAGCCCGGCUGCCUCUCUCUUGCCUCCUGCUCCUCCAGGAGGUGGGAUGGCACAUGGCAGAGUAAAGCUCUGCUGUCCCAAUCCUUUGGGUUCAAAUCAGCCUUCCUUGGAGCAGAGGUGGACAACCCCGCAGGAAGUACAGCAAGGUGGCCCACCUUGGAGUGCGUCCGCACUGGUGUCCAUCCUUUCGUGGGGGUGUGCGCCCUCCCAAGGGGUGCACCCCGGGCACCCCCUGAGAGGAGUGCACCCC